AGAAAGACGAGGCCGAGACCGCGUCCGCCCCGCGAGCACAGAGCCUCGCUUUCGCCGCUCCGCCGCCGGUUCACACCCGCCGCCAGCUCACCAUGGAUGAUGAUAUCGCCGCCCUCGUUGUCCACAACGGCUCCGGCGUGUGCAAGGCCGGCUUCGCGGGCGACGAUGCCCCCCAGGCCGUCUUCCCCUCCAUCGUGGGGCGCCCCAGGCACCAGGGCGUGAUGGUGGGCAUGGGUCAGAAGGAUUCGUAUGUGGGCGACAAGGCCCAGAGCAAGAGAGGCAUCCUCACCCUGAAGUACCCCAUCGAGCACGGCAUCGAUGGGACGUCCCACAACUGGGACGACAUGGAGAAGGUCUGUCACCACACCUUCUACAAUGAGCUGCAUGUGGCUCCUGAGGAGCACCCCGUGCUGCUGACCAAGGCCCCCCUGAACCCCAAGGCCCACCGCGAGAAGAUGACCCAGAUCAUGUUUGAGACCUUCAACACCCCAGCCAUGUACGUGGCCAUCGAGGCGGUGCUGUCCCUGUACGCCUCUGGCCGUACCCUGGCAUCGUGAUGGACUCCGGUGACGGGGUCACCCACACUGUGCCCAUCUACAAGGGGUAUGCCCUCCCCCACGCCAUCCUGCGUCUGGACCUGGCUGGCCGGGACCUGA